AUGAGCACCAAUCCCAAGCUGAUGUCGGGUGAAUGCCAGCCUGCCUUUGGCGUGGCUAACUCAGGGGACUGGCCAGAUGUUGACUGGCGCGAGAUCAACGGCAAGCCCCAUCAUCGUGUAGCAACUAAUCUGUUCGCUUUCCGUGCUAUUUAUGGACAGCGAUUCGGCGAGGCCGCUCCAUCAGGCCAGGGUUGCAUAACCUGUCAAGACGGACAUGGCCCCUUUAUGGCGUGCAAGAUCGCAUAUUUGCCUCAAGUCUCCGACACUAAGGGGAAGAUCUUUCCGUCCAAGGCAUUGUUUGGCGGUAGCUGUAUGGGAUGUGGCCUUAGUGGUGCUGGAAAUAGGUGCUCUCGGUGGCAGCCCCCUGAGCCACAAUGGGUACGAGAGUAUUUCAUGGAGAAAGUUCCGAGUCUUCAGUUGAGUGUGCAGUUUGCUUGCAAACCGUAUCCGACUCCUGCUGCACAUGUCCUAGAGCAGUCGCAACAGCAGCCGCAGGAAGGGCAGCAACGAAAUUCCAGUACUCCGAAUGGUGAUGCCCGCUCAUCUUCUGGGGUUAUCACACUCACUGCCUCGCCGGAAUCAUCGUCAACCAUGCUCGUUGCAAGCCCACGGUGUCGCUGCUCAACUUUUACUACUACGAGCCAGGGGCAGGUCAUGUCCCUCCCCCCGCCGGGUGCCCGAUACAUAUCACCCCUCAAUGAGGCGAACGUGUAUAACGAUAUUCAAUCACUGGAACAUGUGCUAUCUGAGGUCCGCCUUGCAUCAGCACGCGCUGCUUUUGAUGUUGACUUGCUUGUCCGUCGGCGAGAGGAACUCCUUCAGAAAGCCAACUAA